ACCAUCUUAAAAUGCAAAACGGGUAUAAAUAUCGAAUAUAACAGUCAGUUUGCCACGGAAUGGUAAAUAUCACGAUUGUUAUAUUAAAUAAUAGAUUUGAAUGCCGUAAACACUAUGUUAACAUGCUUUAGAUGUAACAGAUUGAAUGUCGUAAUAGACCAUAUUUACAAAUUGUCUUGUAUCUUAAUAUGUUUCCAGAUUACAUUGUUCAAAGUAAACAAUAGCAAUUAUAUAAGGUACGAGGCACCAAUACCUGGUGAACUGGUGACCGGAAGUAGCAUUGAGGUUGUAUUUAUACCCCAGGAGCCGUGGAAUCAGAUUGUUUUAAGUCUGUAUGACGACAGUGGGUCAAAUAAUGUCCUACAUACAUCUUUUCGGAGUGACUUAGACUUGAUCCACUUCAAUUCUAUAGUAUCUGGACAAUGGGCGGACAUGAAACAUGCUAAUGGCGUCGAAAUUAAGUCAGGCAGCGCUGCAAAGUUAACGGUGGAAAUUCUUACGGAUACAUUAAAGGUGUCUGUGAACGGCAAAGAGAAAUACAAUUACCAAGCUGUACUAAGUCCUAGUGUGGCACGAAAAAUACGUUUCUUUGCUGCUUUGGGGUCAAAUUGUUUGUUAAAGAGCAUUUGUUUUAAAGACUUGUAAAUAAACGUUAGUCCAAAGAAAAAAAGACCGUCGCAACAAUGUGCUUAAAAUACUUAGAAUAAUACAAUCAUGUAUAUCAAAAACAAAACUGCAAUUACACAAACGCUAGUGUUACUGACAAAUUUUACAUUGUUAUAUUUUGAUUUCAAUACCAUGCAUUUCUUGGCAUGUUUGAUGGAUAAACUAUAUAUUUAACAACAUUUUGUUUCUCUCCAAUAUCAUUUUAUGAAAUUUGAAAUGUUUUAGCGUCUGGAGCUCGGAUGUUAGUAAGAUGUAAGUCAGGAAAGGUUAUAUUUAGUCGGGUAACAUUUGUUUAUUGUCAGAUAUGUUAUUUUGUUCUUUCUCUCAGUAUUGUUUUAUGUUUUGGCACAUUAAGCAUUCGGAACUCCUCGGCUAUAAUUCAUAAUAACCUUGGAGUUAAUAUAGAUUGAAAGUAGUUCUAGCUGUUAACAGGAACAGAGAGUGUAAUCUUCGAUUAUGUAAAUCGAAUGUAUAUAUUUGACAUACAGAGGGAAAUAAAGUCCUUUCGGAACAAAUAUGAUUGAAAAGUCUAUCAGCCAUUUUUAAUUUACAAAUGCCAACAGAUGUACAAUUAUAAACAAAUUCGAUUUAAUAUCAACAGGUUGGUAUUUUGUACUGACGGUUUCUACAAUCAUAAUAUGUACUGUUUCGUAUGACACCUGUACUCAUUUUACUGCUGUUCCAGUACUGGUACUGGUUGGUUCCAGGAAGAGGACUCGAAAGUGAUUAAUAUAAGUUGCUAGAACUUGUUUCGCAAUAAAUAUGCUUAAAUAAAUAUGUUUAAAUCAACAGAUGUUGAAUGCUUAAAAUUGAAUUUCAAUGUUUUACA